AUAUAGCCUUUUAUAUACUAAUUGAAAUAAAAAAAUUCACAAGCAAUCGUCAAGAUUUAGAUUGCCAACGUUUCGUUCUGAUGUGUAUGUUUGCUUAUUUCGUCAUCAUCGACGACAUGACACGCCCCCUUAUACGAUAGUAUUACGCAUCAAAAGGAGCUAGAUUGCUGAUCUUGAAACAUGGAUCUCGACAUAGACGACGGGAUAGAUCGAGAGUCGGGUGGAAGCUUGAGCAGUAGGAUAGCAAAAUGGAAAAAUGUCGAGAAUGAGCACAAGAACAAACAACUCAUCAACCCAUUCUCAGAAUGGGCGGGGGCGUCGACCAGGGCGAAACUGGACAAAGACGACCCCAACUAUGCCCGCCCCGUGGAAGGUUCGAUGACGGCCAUACGAGGUCAGAUGGCGGGGGAACGCAUCAGUGGCGAGAUCAAGCAACUGGUCGCCAUUAUGAAACAGUCCGGUCAUCGAGAGACAGCCGACGACGGGAGCGUCUAUUACUGGAUUCAUUUCGGGAAGCUCUUUGAUUUGUACUCGAAAAUCUCAAAUAAACUCGUGGGGAUUUUGAUGCGUGCCAGAAAGCAAGGACUGAUCGAUUUUGAAGGAGAAAUGCUAUGGCAACGGAGGGAUGAUCAUGUUAUCAUUUCAAUGAUGGAACAAUGAUGGUGACAAUUUUC